AUGGGGCACACAUUCAGUCGUCAAGGACCUCUGGCACAGUCUUUCUUUAUUCCAAAGCCUGCAAUCUCAGAGAAAACCCUACCAGACCAGACUGGAAAAGUGUGUAUUGUGACGGGAGGAAAUGCCGGGGUGGGAUUCGAAGUCUGCAAAAUCCUGUAUGAACAUAAUGCGACGGUCUAUCUUGCUGGUCGAUCAGAGGAGAAAUGCAAGCACGCCAUCUCAUCCAUUGUCGACUCGAUCGGCUCAAAGACGAAGCCUAAGGGAGCGCUCAGAUAUCUGAAGCUCGACCUUGCCGAUUUGACCACAAUCAAGGCCAGUGCAGACGAGUUCCUUCGACAGGAGACAAGGCUGGAUUGGCUUUGUAACAAUGCAGGAGUCAUGCUGGCACCAGCUGGGUCUCAAGGUGCCCAGGGCCAUGAACUGCAUAUUGUUACCAACUGUCUUGGUCCUUGGCUCUUCACACAUUUGCUCCACCCGAUUCUCAGUUCCACCGCCGCAGGGUCACCACCAGACACUGUGCGUGUCUCAUGGGCUGGUUCUGUGGUAAUCGACUUGUUUUCACCGAAACAUGGAAUGUCCUUGGACUCCGAUGGCAGUCCGCAACUCCCUCUUUCCGACCCUCAAAAGUUGUAUGCCAUCAGCAAAGCAGGUAAUCUGUUCUACGCCUCUGAAUACGGCAAACGGUCAAGGACACAAGGCCCCAGUGUGGUCAGCACAUGCUUCAACCCGGGAAACCUUCGCACUGAGCUGCAGCGUUACGUGCCACCCACACGCCGCAUGCUCCAGAAUUUGAUGUUGUAUCCUGCUAUUUUUGGCGCAUAUACAGAGCUAUUCUCUGGGUUUUCGGAAGAUGUGAGCACUGAAAUGAAUGGUUGCUAUAUUGGGCCGUGGGGUCGUGUGUUGGAUGUUAGGGCCGACGUCAAAGAGAGCUGCAAGAGUGUGGAAGAAGGCGGCAAUGGAAUUGCACGAGCAUUCUGGGAAUGGAGCGAUCGGGAGUGUAGGCCAUACAUGUGA